CACUCCCACUCAUACAAACCGGAAGCGCGGUCGAAUUUAUAUUCUUGACUUUGAACCCCUCAACGUGAUUCUCAUUGAGCUUUUUCCAGAAGAAACCGCAGUAAAUUAACGCGAUGUUGAACGUGGAAACUUCUCCAUCUGAAUUACAUCUGCAUAAACUUUCAGCGAAGAUCAAAGGACUAUUCCGAAGAAACGUUUCCUCGUCCGAUAGAAAUGACAUUUCCGACUACUUAAACGCUGCUAGGAACGAGCUGAAAGGGUACGAGGUUGAGAUCAACAAGCUCAAAGCAACUAUCCUCUCUUUGGAAAACAGGCGAGACCUGCUGAAGUACAAGAUGGAUCGAUAUCGUUCUCUGUUAUCACCGAUUCAUCGAUUGCCAACUGAGGUGUUGGAAAACAUUUUCAAGCACGACGCGCGAGCGGUCCAAGUUCGUGCGAGAGUUGUGCCCAAAAUUGUCAGUCUCUCUAUGGUGUGCGGUCGUUGGCGCGAGGUCAUCUGUUCGACGCCAUCGUUAUGGGCCAACAUCGACCUGGACGUGGAACGAUUGGACAACUACGCUUCGACCGACGAUGACAUUACCCACCUUACAUAUGUACUCCAACUUUUCCUAGCUCGCUCGAGGUCUGCACCGUUGAAUCUCGACCUAUUCAUACCCUCUUCAGAGCCUGUCCAUCGGACUACCAAACUACUUGAUGUCCUUGCCCCAAGCAUGAAUCGGUGGAGGGUUAUCUGCUUGAAUGCAUCAACCGAAAUAUUCGAACAUCCUGCCUUUCAGUUGCUUCCCCAGCGGCUUCCCUCCCUCCAACAUGUCACCUUGGUUUCACCGAGCGAACACUAUAUCAACCUAUUCAACAAAUGCCCUUCUCUCACAUCCCUCGAGCUCGACUUUUGUCAAGAGACACCUUACAGAUUCGAGCGAGAGUGGCCGGGAAUCAAGACUCUCGAUAUUAGCCUAAAUCCAUCUAGUUCCACCGCGUUCGUAUCGUCCUUUCUAAAAGUGUGUCCAAACAUGGAAAGACUUACCGUUUGGACUUCUGCUACGCGUCCAGAACUCGAAUCUCUCAUUGUUCUCCCUCGCCUUAAAUCACUGACUUGUAAUGGCCCCCAUAUACUCUCUCUCUUCCAGUAUCUUUCACUUCCAAACAUGUCGACGAUGACCCUAGACAUAGAUGAUGGUGAAUGGGACGUCCAGAGUUUCGCGGAAUUUUUGUCUCGUUCAAGUUGUAACAUCACACAUUUGACCCUCGAACCCCCAUAUUCGUCGACUGAUUACGCCCCCGUGCUAUCCUUCCUGCGACUUCUUCCAACAGUCCAGGAACUUCAUCUUGACGUGCGAGCGAAUAAUGGGGCCCUCUUCGGCACGUUUUUAGAUCAACUGUUCGUGGGACAGCUCAGCUCGCCCCUACUGCCUCAUCUAACCGAUCUAACCCUCAUCAUUAAUGAACGCUGCUUCAAAGAAGGGCCUCUUGUGCGUGCCGUCAAAUCGAGAUGGCUCCCUGACUUACAGGACCCAUCGGAGGCUGGCGUCACAUGCUUACGGUCACUCAAACUCGAGGUGAUGGGCGACAAAUUUGCCCCUACCCUGGAACCUCUACUCUAUCUCAGAGAUGCUGGGUUGAGAGUGGAUGUCUUUUUAAUUGAUUAUGGUGAUUAUCUCUAUAGGUGAAUAAUUGUAGUUCCCUCGCUCAUCGUCCAUUAUGUUUCUGUAAUCUUUAGCCCACGAGUCCAGUCAGGCUAAGCGAACAUUUGAGAUGUUUACCCCUGCUUGGGUGUCUUUCGUAGGUGGCAUGCCAUUGUAUAAGAGUCUUUUUCGGGCGGUUAUGACGGGUAUGUUGGUAAGGAAUGAAGUUCGAGCAUCCUUUCCACGUACCUUUUUCCUUUUCGACUUCAGCAAAAGAAUCAAG